AUGUUGAAGGACUCUGUUAGUCGUGGGUUCCCGAUCUUACGUGCACAACCAACUGAACUCGCAUUCGGUGGCGUGUAUGACGAAAUUCUAGCUCCUGGGGGAGAGCACGAAGCUGAAUUUUCUCGCACAAAGGUCUUAAGUCCUUUUGCUAGUGUUCAUCAACGAUUUCAAGAAGAAAUUGGCUUCGUACUUCUGGAUCUGCUUAUUGGGGCAGAAAUGGGGAACGAGCAUAUUGCGGCGCAUUUGGCUCGCUGGCUCGAGAUCGAAGACGGCUCGGAGGCGUUCUUCGAGCUCGAGUUGGCUCGUGGCUCGCUCUGCCCAUUCGCUCAAGUUGUGGGCGAAGGUCAAGCACUGGACUUGAUGGUCUGGAAGGGAAUUGUGCAUGAUGCGUUGCUGGGCGUUAUAUACCGUCGCGGCAGUUUUUUUAUGACUCUGAAACUAGUUUUAGAAUCUUCAGAUCUGGACGAUGAUGGUCCAGACCAACUCUUUGCUGGCGUUCCAACGAGGCUCAAAUCCAAGCCAGUGAGAGCAAAACGCCCUGCAAACGAGGACGACGCAAAAAUGCCGAAAGCGGACAAAGUGGCGAGACCUCAUCAUGUGUCUCGACUAUCAGGUAGCGAGGCUCUUCUAGCCUUGCAAGCCAAAGCUCGCGCCUCAGCGCAACAUGUGCCUUGGAAUUUACUACUAGUACAUACAGGUCGCCCACUCUAG